AUAGUAUCGAAUAAUCGUCAAGUUUGUUUCAGCUCUACCAGCAAAAGCCUAAAGCUGAGUAUAUGCAAACAUGGUUUUAUAACACACAUGUUCUCAGGACAUCUACAAGUUAAACUAUCGAUUCGCCUAAGCACACGCCCUUCCGUGAAGAAAUCCGGUAGCUAGGUGAGCAUUAUGGCCAAGGCGAACGGCUGGAACGGAGUGCAGGUGAACGGGAGCUGCGCCCCCAUAUGCUCCUCGAAGUACUCGCGCAGCACUGAACUGCGACGCGUCGAGGACAACGACAUCUACCGGCUGGCAAAAAUCCUAGACGAGAACGCCUGCUGGCGCAAACUCAUGUCGAUAAUACCCAAGGGCAUGGAUGUGCAGGCCUGCAGCGCCGCCGGGGGCCUUAAUUUUCCGGUGGCCAUGAGAAAUGGAUUCAAGUACACGUCGCAGGACGUAUUUCAGAUCGACGAGGCUGCCAAUCGGCUGUCCCCCGACCAGAGCAAGUCCCAGAUGAUGAUCGACGAGUGGAAGACCUCCGGUAAACUCAACGAACGACCCACUGUGGGUGUUUUACUCCAGCUGCUGGUGCAAGCGGAGCUCUUCAGCGCGGCGGACUUUGUUGCUCUGAACUUUCUAAAUGAAUCUACACCUGAUCGGCCGGCAGAGGGCCCCGCAGCACCUAUAAGCCUGGACGAGGACAUGGAUGUGGACAACGAGGGCCUGAGUCCCAGCUUCCAGCCGACCACUGCCACCCUUGGGACUCCCCAGGGCAGCGUUGGCCUAAACUUGGACACCUUCGAAAAACACAUGGUGGCGCGAGACAAGAGUGUACCGCAGCCAUCCAGGGAGGCCAGUCCUGUAUUCCCACUCGGACCCACUACAAGUUCCAGCGCAGCUAGCACAGCUGGCAACGUAGGUGCUCCGCCGUUGGCGGCCACCCCAAACAUUCCCAAUCUGACAAUUCUCAAUCUCAACGAACAAAUGCAGGAACGCCUGCAGCCGCGUCCGCAGAACAUUCCCAAUCUGUCCAUACUUCAUGGCGAUUCAACGACAACGGCGUCGACUUCCUUGGCCAAUUCAAGCAGCCGAGCCACUUCCGCAGAAGCGCCAAACAUACCGCGGAUCACGCUUUUAAUUGACAACUCUGUCGAGAAGGAUCCCCAUUCAAUUCAAGCUUUAGAGAAAGCUGCAAAGGCCACGACGCCUACAGUGAACACAAACAAUUUACCUAUGAUAAGCGCUUUAAAUAUAAAUAAUGACAAUGGGGAGACCUCUCACCCAGAUAGCAACAGCACCACAAGCAGCUUAAGCAACGAUGAAGACGAUAAUGAUGAUGAUGAUGAUGAAGAGGGUGAAGGAGAGUACGCGGAUGCCUCCCUGCCAAAUACAAGCAACUCGGAGCAGCAGAAUUCAAACAAUGACUCCAGCCUGACAACAGUCACUGGUACGAGCGGUGAUAACAGCUUCGAAAUGACCAACGACUCCAGCUCGACCUCAAACGAUGAUUAUGCUUGCAACAUUCCGAACUUGAGUGAACUGCAGCAGUAGAUAAAAGCGAUGCCCAUCUACGGAUAUGUUGUCCACGAUCCAGACAUUCCGUUAGCCACUUUGGAUUAAGUUAUAAUUUUAUAACCCCGCAUGUAUUUAUACGGUUGCCGAUAUCGAGAGAUGAGAGAUGGAGAUGAAGACCUUUUUAAAGUAUGCAUAUUGUGUAAGGUCCAACUAGAAUCUAAGAUUCAGGGCAAGCUUUCGAGGUACUAUUGAUUCGUUGUCCAUAUCACGGCUACUGACACAGUCCAUGACAAGUACGGCAAUAUUAAAUAUUUCCGUUUCAAGAAAGCCAUAUGUAUGUAACCAAAUAACCAAUUCUAAACGAUUUUGUAUGUCUUACAAAAUACUCUUUUAUUUUCUAGUAUAAAUAUACAUUAACGAAAAAUGGUUUUCA